AUGGCCAAUACCAAGCACACCUUCAUUGCCAUCAAGCCCAAUAGCGUCCAGCAGGGCCUGGUCAGGGAUAUCAUCAAACGUUUUGAGCAGAAGGGAUCCCACCUCGUGGGCAUGAAGUUCCUUAGGUCCUCAGAGGAGCAUUUGAAACAGCACUAUGUUGACCUGAAAGACAGGCCAUUUUUCCCUGGGCUUGUGAAAUAUAUGAACUUGGGGCCUGUUGUGGCUUGGGAGGGCAUGAAUGUGGUAAAGACAGGCAGAGUGAUGCUAGCAGAGACCAAACCAGCUGAUUCCAAGCAAGGCACCAUUUGUGGGAACUUCUGCAUUCAAGUAAGCAGUGAUUCUGUAAAAAGUGCCCAGAAGGAGAUGAGCCUGUGA